AUGUUUAUUGUAGACUUAUUUAUCAUUGAAGAUAGUCAACAUGCAGGAGUGUACCCAUGCUAUCAAGGAACUCAAGUGCACGCGUCUGCAGGGGACACCUUCCUGCUCCUGGACGCUCUGGAGGCAGCGGCGGCUGAGCUCAUGCGAGUGGAGCUAUGCCCGGAAGUAGGAUCGGGGUCUGGAGUGGUAUCCACACUCUUCGCCUCCAUGAUAGGCCCCCAGGGCCUGUACAUGUGCACUGACAUCAACCCCAAAGCAGCAGCUUGCACCCUGGAGACAGCACGCUGUAACAGAGUCCACGUGCAUCCCGUAAUUACCGAUUUGGUCAAAGGCUUGCUACCAAGACUGAAGGAGAAGCUUGAUCUUCUGGUGUUUAAUCCCCCAUAUGUAGUGACUCCGCCUGAAGAGGUAGGAAGUCAUGGAACAGAAGCAGCUUGGGCUGGUGGUAGAAAUGGUCGCGAAGACAUGGACAGAUUCUUUCCACUGGUUCCAGAUCUCCUUUCGCCAAGAGGGCUGUUCUAUUUAGUCACCAUUAAGGAGAACAAUCCAGAAGACAUUUUGGAAACAAUGAAGGUGAGAGGUCUGCAGGGGACCACCGCACUUUCCAGGCGAGCGGGCCAAGAAAUCCUUUCAGUCCUGAGGUUCACCAAGUCCUCACACAGUGUCUGCUCCACGUUAUAUUGAAUAAUAUGUACUACAUUGAAUAUACAUAUGGAUAUACUUGUGUGUGUGUGUGUG